AUGAGAUUUUAUAAAUAUUUAAAGAUGAAAAAGGCUGCAAAGUUGGUCAGAGCAUCAGUACGAAAGGCUGAUCUCUUUCCUCAGAAGGUAAGCCUCACCUUCAAAGGUCAGGAGAGCUUUAAAACUCUGUACGGAGGCAUUGUUAGUCUGGUUAUAAUGAUCAUUAUGGUGUCUUAUUCUGUAAGGAUCUUUACAAUUAUGUUCCAAAAACAACAGACUCAGAAAACACUCAAUAGGGUUAUUAAUGACAUCCAAAACAAUCGUAUCGAUUAUAACAUCAGCAAUGAUAAUUUUGCGUUUACUUUUGCCAUCAUGGAUAUGGCCACAGGUUCAAGGGAGUAUGAUCCAUCAUACAUCAGUAUCUCUGUUACUCAGAACACAGACACUUAUAACAAAACUACAGGGGAUAGGUCAUUUGGAGCUGAAGAGAGAUCAUUUUCGAUAUGAAAAGACAAGUUUCCUACAAUCGACGAUCAAUUUACAGAUAUGAAAAACAUCCUGAAAGAUGUCAAUUUAUGUGCUGAUGACCAAGACUUUACACUGAGUGGCACUCUUUACUCUGAGAUUAGACAUUAUGUAUCAUUAAAAGUCCAGAGAUGUGUGAAUGGAACAUCAGUCGUGUGCAAGACUCCAGCUGAAAUUAACCAAAAGAUCAAGAACAGUGAGUUUUUAAUGGGAGUCGCCUCCCAUUACUUUGACUUCGAUGAUUAUGAUAAGCCAAUUAAAAGCACAUUCGACACCAGAUUUUUAGGAAAAUUAAAUGUAAAUUCACAUAAAGAUCAAGAUUAUUACGUCCAAAAAUCAGAGGUGACAGAUGUAGUUAGCUUCUUCCAGUUUGGUCAAGAAGAAGAGACUAGCUUCUUUUCUGUCAGUAGACAAAUCAGUGACUUGAUUGAAAUAGACUCUUCAGAUCCAACUGAAACUGACUUGCUGACUCUCCAAUUCUUCCAAGACGAAGAAAGUUUGAAAUAUGAAAGAACAAUCUUCUCGUUCCUAGAUGCAAUAGGACAAAUAGGAGGAGUAUUUGGGAUGUUUGUACAAGGAGGACUGUUAAUCACUGCUACCUUUAACCAGUCCUAUUUUAUGACAUAUCUUUUCUCGUUUCUUUACACUUCAAAUCAAGAAGAAUCUGAAGAUACUGAUAAAAUCAAGCAAGGUGCUAUUUUUCCGAUCUCAGCAAACCUCAAGAAAAAGGAUAUAAAUAGUAAGCUCAGCGAUACAUUGAGUAAUAUGAGAAAGUAUUCUGAUGUUACGAAAAAGAGAAAAGAUGAAAUAAAAGAAGAUAUCACUAAAAACUCUUUGUCAAGAUUGAAAGUUUACUUGGAAGGGAUAAGAAGAGUCUCUUUCACUAGUUCAGAAUAUCUCAAAACUUUGCUGCCCUUUUGUAACAACAAAGCCAAAAGCAAGUUUAGCCUUCACUCAGACCAGUUCAGCCAAGAGUGAGAUAUUGUAGAGCUCAUUCACUCAGUCAGAGCCCUCAAGCUUGUGGUCACGACUGUGCUUCAAGAUCAUCAGAGGAUGUUAAUCCAUUUCAGCUCUAGAGGCCAGCAAGAACUUAACCAGAUGUUUUCAGAAGAGUUUACGUCAAUACCUCUACUAUGUAAAAAGUCUGAUUAUAAAUACCGUCAGCAAGUUGAAAAUUGUAUAUCUAAACUGAAAGAUAUUCCAAACGAUCAGGCAUCAGAGUCAAUAACUUCCAUAAUUGGCCCAGCCGUUUCAUCCAAGGAUUCUUUAAUAGCAGUUUCCUGAACCCCUCCAAGCCCAUCUAAAGUUUCCUUUGCACAGGAAGAAUCCAAGGACUCAUGCCAAGAGGGUAAUCCACCGAUCGCAUUUAAGCAAGGAGACAUCAGGUUCAACAUCUAGACAAUUAAUCUACCACAAAUUCCUCACAAUUUCAGACUGUUAUAUUUAGUUAUCUUAAAAACCCCCAAACUAGUUCUCA